GCCAUUUUCUUCACUGCUCGAGCUAGGAUUUUUGCCUCCCCUUCCUUCUAAACCCCCGAUUCCGAAUCGAAGAGGUUAAAGUGACGGCUCGCCGCUGUCCGCCUUGACUUAGCCGCCGCCGCUGCGUCUUGGCCCUCUUUUUUGUAUCUCUUCCUUUCAGUUCUAGGGUUUUUUUUAGCUGUGUAUAUUAUACCUUGUAACUUAGAGAAAUGGCGCCAAAGAUUACGAAGGCCGAGAAGAAGAUCGCUUACGACUCGAAGCUCUGCCAGCUGCUGGAUGAGUACACGCAGGUUCUGGUGGCCGCCGCCGACAACGUCGGCUCGAACCAGCUGCAGAACAUCCGCAGAGGGCUGAGGGGCGACUCUGUGGUGCUCAUGGGCAAGAACACGAUGAUGAAGAGGUCAAUUCGUAUCCACUCGGAGAAGACGGGGAAUAAAGCUAUUCUGAAUAUCAUUCCUCUCUUAGUUGGAAAUGUUGGGCUGAUCUUCACGAAGGGUGAUCUUAAGGAAGUCAGUGAGGAAGUUGCUAAAUACAAGGUUGGAGCACCUGCUCGUGUUGGUUUGGUGGCUCCAAUUGAUGUCGUCGUCCCACCUGGCAACACUGGUCUCGACCCAUCACAAACUUCCUUCUUCCAGGUCCUCAACAUCCCGACCAAGAUUAACAAAGGUACUGUCGAAAUCAUCACCCCAGUCGAGCUCAUCAAGAAGGGUGAAAAAGUGGGCUCCUCUGAGGCAGCCCUUCUUGCCAAGCUUGGAAUCAGGCCCUUCUCUUACGGGCUUGUUGUCAUAUCUGUUUAUGACAAUGGGUCUGUAUUCAGCCCAGAAGUGCUCGAUUUGACUGAGGAUGACCUCAUUGAGAAAUUUGCUAUGGGUGUGUCAAUGGUCACUUCACUUUCUCUUGCCAUCUCCUACCCAACACUUGCUGCUGCUCCUCACAUGUUCAUCAAUGGUUACAAGAAUGUGUUGGCUGUUGCUGUAGCCACCGAUUACUCUUUCCCUCAAGCUGAUAAAGUGAAGGAAUAUCUUGCUGACCCGAGCAAAUUUGCUGUGGCUGCUGUGCCUGUUGCGGCAGGUGAUGGUGGAGCUUCUGCCGCUGCAGGUGGUGGUGCUGCUAAGGAGGAAGAAAAGAAAGAUGAGCCUGCAGAGGAGUCUGAUGAUGACAUGGGCUUCAGUCUUUUCGAUUAAGUUGAUUUCAAUAUUUGUCGUUCGGCUGGAGUUGGAUGAGUUAAGUUUGUGUGUGCUUAAUUAUGGGUUCGUCGUUCGUUCCUUGUUUUUUUAAUUUGGCACUUGUUUUAGAAGUUUGUUUUCAAUGUUUCAAUGUUAAAAACUUUGAAUUCUGCAAUUUGGUUGUUUUAAAUGAUGUUUGUGUUUUUAGCAAAUGAUGUUUUUGUUGGAAUUAUUAUUGUUUUUAUCCAAUAGUUUUUGAAAUUUGCUACGGGCUUAGACAAAAAAUUAUCUUACCUUGGCCAUGGGCCUUAUAGAUAAUUAAUUUUACGUGCUGCUUUUACAUUUU